CCAUUGGCUCGGGCCGCGCCAUGGGGGGAGCGAACUCGACGUGUUUGUCAAAGCUAUUUAACACUGGGGUGCCGCUCCCCCAGUUCGCGUCUCCAUCUCCCCCAGCUCUUAAAAACAAACGUAGCCCUCCUCCGAGACGACCAAUCGAUUAUCUCCAUCCGCACGCCGCCAAACACCGCCAUUAUGAAGGCCAUCGCUGCUCUUACCCUCGCUCUUGCCGGCGCCGUCGUCGCCCAGGACGGUCUCGGCCUCCCUGAAUGCGCUCAAUCAUGCGCGAGCUCUUUCCUCGCCGGCGGCAUUGGCAACUGCGGGAGGGAUGUGAAGUGCAUCUGCCAGGAGAAGAGCUUCCUCAGUGACAUCGCGUGCUGCCUAGCUGGCGAUUGCAGCGCUCAGGACCAGGCACAGGCCGUCAGCGUUGCCGCCAACCUCUGCCGCGGUGUCGGCGUGACCGACCUGCCGAGCUCGGUCUCCUGCGCGACCGCCUCCACCUCGGCGACCGGCUCCGCCGCCAGCGCCCCGACCACCGGCUCGGCCUCGACCACGGCCUCGGGCUCCGGCACGACCUUCGGUCCUACCAACACCGCCACCGCCGCCGCCACCGAGACUUCGACCCAGUCCAGCAACCUCGGCCCCCGCCCGACUGCUGCCGCCGGCCUCGGCGCCAUCGGCGGCAUCAUUGCUGCCGUCGCCCUUCUCUAAACACGCUCGCCGCAGAAUGGUCUCUCGGCGUCUCAGCAUCGACACUACCGCUGUCGAUCAAACGUUGGGCGCUGCUCGGCAAUCAAAAGGAAUGGUUUAAUGAUGGCUUAUGGAUCUUUGCACCAUAUGAUUGAAUGGCGGUGCUGUACGUGAUA